GCCAACUCCUACGUUCCCGCUACACGGCUCAGCUUGCUCAAAUUGCGGCAGACAAUCUUUUUGAAAGGCCUAUGCUGCUCAUCAGAUGAAUUGCUGUGGCUCAACAUGAACUCCAGCCUGCUCACCAAGGCCGCUGCGCCUGCGCGAGUCCUGGCGCAAACCCAGUUCGCCAGCCGACCUAAGCUCCGAGAAUGCGUCGGCAAAGGAGCCCGAUUCCAUAUCGCCUCUUAUCGCGUUACGCCCCGCGCCCGAUCUGCCAGUCCACGAAAGAAUAAUGCGCCUUGUUCACGACGUUACUUCCACGCUACCAACGCUCUGGGCCAAAAAGACCCAUACAAGGCUCUCGGCGUGAGCAAGAGCGCAACCGCCGCCGAGAUCAAGAAGGCUUACUACGGCCUCGCGAAGAAAUACCACCCCGAUACGAACAAGGACGCGACCGCUAAAGACAAGUUCGCCGACAUCCAAUCCGCCUACGAGAUUCUGUCCGACCCUAAGAAGCGGGAGCAGUAUGACCAGUUUGGCGCGGCAGGCUUCGACCCGAGCGGAGGCCCUGCGCCGGGAGGUGACCCUUUCGGCGGAGCAGGCAAUCCAUUCUCGGGCUUUGGUGGGCAGGGCGGAUUUGGCGGGGGCUUCAACUUUGAGGACAUCUUCUCCGCGUUCACUGGGCAGCAAGGUCCGUUUGGCGGCAGGCGCGGAGCUCGGGGCAGCCCGUUCCAGCAGGAGAUUCUGGUCGGCGACAAUAUCGAGGUUCAGGCCAGCAUAUCGUUCAUGGAGGCGGCCAAGGGCACGAGCAAGACGAUUUCCAUCACUCCGCUGACCACGUGUGGGACGUGCACGGGAAGCGGCUUGAAGACGGGCACGCAACGCUCUCCGUGCAAGGCUUGCAAUGGAACCGGUACUCGAUUGCACUUCAUGCAGGGCGGCUUUCAGAUGGCGUCGACCUGCGGGACCUGCGACGGGACUGGCUCGACCAUUCCCAAGGGCUCCGAGUGCAAGACUUGUUCUGGCAACGGCGUGGUACGGGAGCGCAAGUCGAUAACGGUGGAUAUUCCGGCCGGCAUCGAGGACGGCAUGCGACUCAGAGUCGACGGCGCAGGCGACGCCCCUCCGACAGGGCGAACCGCCGAGCCCAACACCAGGUCGCAGCGCGGCGAUCUGUACGUCUUUGUCCGCGUCGCCAAGGAUCCCAAGUUCAGCAGAGAAGGGUCCAACAUCCUAUAUACCGCCAACAUUCCCUUGACCACGGCGCUGCUCGGCGGCCAGGUGUCUAUCCCCACAUUGGACGGGAGCGUCAAUGUCAGGGUCGCCACCGGCACCAAUACCGGUGAUAAGAUGACGAUGACCGGCAUGGGUAUGAAGAGGCUCGGCUCGCGAAGGGGCGGCUCUGGCGACCUCAGAGUGGAGUUCAGGGUCAACAUGCCCAAAUACCUCAGCGCGAACCAGCGAACGAUUGUGGAGAUGCUUGCCGAUGAGAUGGGUGACAAGACUGCGAGGCGGGUGAUGAACGUCUCAUCACAGCGGCCCACGACUGAUCCCUCGGACCCAGAGUCUCAUAAAAACGAAGGGUUCCUCAAGUCCAUGUGGCAUACGCUGACCAACCACCCGGCCCAUCAGAAGGACGGCGAAGGCGAACCCAACGCAACAAGCAAGGACGACAAGAAGCAGGACAAGCCUAAAGACGAGCCUAAGAAGUCUGACUCGACGACAGGCUGAGGACGCACAGCGACGUACGAUUGUUUCUGUAUCAUAGAGCAUUGAAGGUGGACGUGAUGUAUAGAGUGCAUUUAGUGGUGUUCAAAACGGGGACGACAUUCAGUCAUGGCGUUUUCAUGGGGAGGGGGGUACGAAGAGCGACCCCAGGAUUCUUUGUGCAGAUUUACAGGCUAGCUUGGACCUUUCCGUGUAUGCUAACAGGUAUUGCGUAGAGAGCGUAGUCUCUCAGCGAGAAGAAGAAUCUCCUCACACCAGGCACCAAGCUUCGAGCAAUCUCGCAAAAAACAAAUGUGACG